AUGGCAACACCAUGGCAGUGCAGAUCACCGCGUCAGCGCUGGGACUCAGCGAUGCGCGAACGCCGAGCCCCUUCUCCAACCCGGAUCUCAGCUGUGCUGCCUUCAACAGCUCCAUCGACGGCACCGCAAGAGUACAUUUUGAACGCGUCCGGCUGCAGCCCGCGAGGCUGUUCUGGCAGCUUCGUGGCAACGCUGGGCAGCAGGGAAGUGCGACCUACGCUAGAGCAAUCGCUGUCUAGCGGCGGUAGCGCCUCGAGGACCUGCGCUUCAGUGAUGCCUGGCUGGGGCGGCGUCUUCGAUCUGCAGUGCUAUUAUGGUGCUGUCGUUGGGGAUGGCUCAGGCUGCGCCCCAGGCACCUGUGACGCCGGCCAGAUGGCGACGGUGGUGGUGGGCGGUACUGUGGCGGAGGUUGCCAUUUUGGCGGCGAUGCAGAGCUUCGCGAAUUUGACCCAGAGCUGCUCCUCAGUGGAUGCCAGCUACGAGGGCCAAUUCAGCAUCACUUGUGAAGCCUCAGUGCUGUUGACCGACACCAGCGCGUGUCUGCCCAUCGCAGUUGCCGGCGCUACGACACAGGCGCGGAAGGUGGUGAGGAGCGCCGUGGCCUUCGCGCUGCCGGAGCUGAACGCCACGCUCUCGGAGAUGCAGGCCCAGAUGGAAACGACCGCCUCAAAGCGUGCCUACGCUUUGACGCUGGCGGCGACGCUGGGGGCAUCAGACCAGGACAUCGCAGUUCUUUCAAUCCUGGUGUACGACGCCACCGCACGCAGGCGGUUGGACAGCCGAUUCUUGGCAGCUGUAAACAAGAUGGAAGUCAGUGUGAACUUUCAGGUGACAACGAAGACUGACCAGGCCUCCGAGGUCGAAAGCCUCGUGUCCAAAGUGGCGAGCUUGGGCGAUACAAACUCCGCGGAGCAGCAAACCUUUGCCUCCGCCUUGGGAACAAACCUCGAGGCAGCCGCCAAAGCCAAUCCGGAAAGCUUAGCCCUCCUGUCGCUGACGGCGAAGGCAGUGAUUUCUGACGGCGUGCAGGUCAGACACACAGAGACGCCGCAAGUCUCCACCACGUAUGUGUCGGUGGAGGAGCCCAACAAGGACAGCGGCUCCGUCAUUGUCAGCGUCUUCGCCGCAGUCUUCGGCAUCCUCGCUGCCUGUCUUUGCCCUCUUUGUAUCUACUGGGCGGUGAAGAACUGGCAGCCCGCCACGGCU